GACGCUUCGGAAGUGUCUGACGGCUCGUAGCAGUCGCCGGCGUCCGUCGGCAGAGGCGCUCGCGGUGCGGCGGCGUGUCUUGGUGAGGAAGGGAAAGGGGCGGCAGCCGGGUGGAGGAGCUUAUGCCCAGCAGCUCCAGCAGGAAUACGCCAGCCUGCUGUCGCGAUACGCGGAGCCGAGCUCACCAUAGAUCAGCUGAAGCUAUCGCACAAGGGACCAUUGGAGCAGUCUAUAGACUGGAGCACUGAACCUGAUCACGCAGAUGAGGAGGAGACGUGUAGAGAGAGCAAAAGGAUGAGUGUUCUCUUCAAGGCGGCAAGUCUAGAAGAGCAGAUGGAGACACUGCAGUCAACAGGGCUCACAUUGUCUAUGGGGAAACGGCGGCAGCAAACUAGUGCCAUGCGUAAGGCAUUGAACGAAAUGCAAACGGAGGUUCAGGAUGCAGCUCUGCAAGGUGUGACAUUAGACACUGACGAUAGUCUCGUCACCGAGCUAUCCAACCUUAACCAGAAGUUUGAGCAGCUGCUCACAAAGCUUCACAUAAAGAUGGCAGCACUGGCCGAAGAUGUCGUUCCAAACCAGGAUUCGCCCCAGCCAAUCACAGACAGAGGGCGUGCGGGUGGCGCCCCCACGGUUGCGCAGACGACGGUACACCCUACGGCCGGCGUAGUGUUGUCAUCAUCGCCACUACAAGAUGGCCGCGUACUGUCACAGUCAUCCAAUCAGCAUCCACCGCACCGUCACUCAUCACUAAAUGGCGAGUCAGCAUUGCACACUACUCUGCCAGGUGGCAGCACGAGUCUGCCGGCGGGGGUCGAGAGCGGGGACGUUUUCGCGGACGCGUCGCCGGGAGCGGUGGCCCCAUCUUGUUGCCGCCGCUGCGAUUCGGGACUGACGGCGGCGGCGUUCGGCGAGGCAUCCUCGUCGCCGCGGGACGCAGGCGGAGACCUGCUCAUACGCACGUACCUGGAGAGCAUGGAGAACCAGCAGGUAAUGUGCUCGCGGGCACCAAGUUGCCACGUCGUUGCAAAGCAUUGUUUCGAGAACAUUCUUCUGUCUUCGCGAUGCUCGUCAUUUAGAGCCAUCGGCUAG